CUAGUAUUGCCACAUAUGGUCUCGGACAGCCAAACACUUAACACUCUUCUUCUUCUUCCUCGAUCUCUCCUCUGUUUCUGUGUUUCCUUUUCUCUCUCUCCUCUUUUUCAGCCUCACUUCCCUCCCACCGACGGUUUUCUUACUCUCUCUCUCUCUCUACUUCUUGAUUAACUUUCACCCAGAUUAUGCAAAUUUUAAAUCAGAUGACCCACUUGCUUAAUUAACUAAGCCUUACAAUACUCUUCCAAUAGAGAAACAACAAAUACCCAACUUCUAUAAACAACUAUUUGGUAGUUGAAGCAGGUGACAUUGAUCAUCUUCCUUGGCGGGCAACCCUAUUCUUUUAGUUUUUUAUUUUAAUUUUUAAUUUUGUGGGGGCCGUUUAAAAGAAGGAAAAUGAUGGGAUUAUCAAAGAGAUUCAUUCAAAUAUUUAGGUGUUUUAAUCUUCAGGCAAGAAUCAAAGGUGGGCCACCAAUUAGACAUAAAUGAUGACGAAGAUUAUUGAGGGAAUUAGAAAUCGAGGAUUAUGAAAAGGGUACUACUACUAAUACUACUUUGUGGAUUGUGAAAGACUGAAGAUUGCUCUGCUUCAAAUCAAAUGGUGAUUGAAGAGAGAGAAACUACGGCGGCGACGGUAGGGAAGAGGGUCGUGGUGGUGGCGGUCCGGCUCGACGGACAUAGCCGAGAUCUUCUAGAUUGGACACUAUUGAAAGUUGCUGAUCCUGGUGAUAUCGUUGUUGCAAUUCAUAUCUCCCGUUUUUCUGAUUCAAGCUUGAAAGAUAAGUUCUUGCUAGAUGGGUAUCUAGAAGAGUACAUGCACUUAUGCAACCAAAAACAGAUUGAGCUAACUGGAAAGCUUAUUAAAGGGAGUUCAAUCAGACGGGUUCUGGUCAGAGAGGCAAAGACCCUUCAAGCUGCAGCUGUGAUUGUCGGAAUAACCAAAGAAAGCCCUCUUGGGAGUUGGACUUCAGUGGCUAAGUACUGUGCAAAGAAGCUGCCUUCAACAACCAGUAUUCAAGCCAUCCACAAUGGGAAAGUCAUAUUCAGCAGAUCAUCUCCUCAUUUCUUAACUUCUAGCAGAAACCAUUCAAGCGAAUCCAGUACUUCUGAAGUCCCCAGUUCCGGGAAUCCCAAAGAAGAUGAUUUUGGUUUAGUUAAAACAAACAGAAAGUUCUCUUCAAGCUCAUUUUCGUUCCUGGUUGAAGAAUGCGGCGAGCAGAGGCCAGCAGGAUGGCCUCUUCUCCACACCAUCCCACCCGUCAGCCCACGAACUAUUGAAGCAAGAAAAAUGUCGGUUGUUCAAUGGGUAAUGAGCUUGCCAAAUCGCUCCCAGCUCGACAGUCCGAGGUCAAGCUCCGACCGUAGCUCGUCCGCAGCUGAGAAUUCACCAAAAUAUGUUGAAUUGAUGCAGGGUUUGAUGAGACUGCUUGAAAGAAACUCAUCUGAUUGCAAAUGGUUCUCUUAUGAGACUCUCAGAGCUUGUACCUCACAAUUCUCCUCAGGACAUCUAAUCGGGAUUGGAGGGAGCAACAGCGUUUACAAAGGCUUCCUGCCGGAAAAUCAUCGGCCGGUGGCAGUUAAAGUUAUGAAAUCGACGAAAGAAUCGUGGAAAGAUUUCAGCUUGGAAAUCGAUGUGAUGAUAUCGGUUAAACACAAGAGCAUCAUGCCUUUACUCGGAAUCUGCAUAGCAGAGGACAAUCUAAUAUCGGUUUAUGAUUUCCUAUCGAAAGGAAACUUAGAGGAGAAUCUCCAUGGUAAAUUAGAGAAACCAUUACUGAAAUGGGAAGUGAGAUUCAGCAUAGCUAUUGGAAUUGCUCAAGCCUUAAAUUACCUUCACAACGAAACCCAUCGUCCCGUUAUCCAUAGAGACGUUAAAUCAUCCAACAUUCUCCUCUCCGACCAAUUUGAACCGUUGUUGUCUGAUUUCGGUUUAGCUGUUUACGGUCCAUCUGGGUCUUCGUUCACAACCGACAACGAUUUGGUUGGAACUUUUGGUUAUCUUGCACCCGAAUACUUUAUGUAUGGAAAAAUCAGCGAGAAGAUUGACGUUUAUGCUUUUGGAGUCAUUCUUCUUGAAUUGUUAUCGGGUCGAAAACCAAUUAGCACUUCGGAUUCUCCAAAGGGGCAGGAAAGCUUGGUUAUGUGGGCUAAGUUGAAGCUAGAGAAAUGGGAUUUAAAGGGCAUGUUGGAUCCAAACAUGGAGUUGAACACAAAUAAGGUUGAGGUUCAAAGAAUGGCUCAUGCAGCCAGGCUAUGUCUCACUCGAUCAGCUCGGCUUCGGCCCAAGAUGAGCAAGAUUCUUAGAAUCUUGAAAGGUGAAAAGGAGGUAGAAGAACCAGCAACCAUUUCGAAGGAUGACAACAAUAACGACGACGAAGUUUACCCACAAUUGAAUGUUGAGUCUCAUUUGAGCCUUGCCUUGCUAGAUGUUUAUGACAGCACAGUUUCGUUUAGCAGCAUGUCCACUGAAGAUUAUUGGAAGGGAAGUUGGAGUCGAUCUUCGAGUUUCGAUUAGGAACUCGCGAUUCUUGGAUAUUGGGCUUGUAAAUUUGUGUUGGUUCGAAAUUGACAGGGAAAAAUGGUGGCACCCAAUCCUGAGGUGAUUUUUUUCAGUUGGGAAAUCUUUACCCUUAAUUACAUGUUUUGAGUUGUACUAUGUUUGUUGGGAUUGAACUUCUAAGUGUGAAACUAGUUAUGCAUUCUAUUGAACACUAAUAUGUGUAACAACCAAAACAAAAUUCCUCAUUUUAGAAAGGGGAAUUCAAAUGAUCCAAUAAUAUAUAUAAAAGUUGUCGUGUUUG